AUCUCUCUCUCUCUCUCUCUCUCUCUCUCUCUCUGAAAAUGGACAUUACUUAUAGGAUUCUACCCAUUUCCCAUCAUCGUUUGCAUUUCACUAUACUUAGAAAUCCUACCUAUCAAAGGUCUCAAUGUCCUCCACUUUUGUCUACCAUGCCUGGAAUGAGUAGCAAUACAUCUUCACGUUGUAUUCGAACUUCCCAUGCUACUACAAUGCCAUGUAUAUUUGACUCGGGUGCUUCCCGAAACCAAUCUUCCACAAAUACACUUACGGAGAAAGAGGUAGCCCCGGCUACCAUCGGGAAGUUUGGGAAGCAUGGGGGGAAGUACGUGCCCGAGACGCUUAUCAGUUGCUUGUCCCAGCUCGAAGCUGAGUUCAACUCCAUUGUUGGAGACACCGAAUUUCAGGCGGAGCUAGCGAUGACACUGAGGGACUAUGUUGGGAGAAAGACGCCUCUAUACUUCGCCGAAAGGCUCACUGAAUACCACAAGAAUGCCAAUGGAGAUGGGCCACUGAUAUAUCUUAAAAGAGAAGACCUCAAUCAUAGUGGGGCGCACAAGAUCAACAAUGCUAUUGGACAGGCAAUGCUUGCCAAGCGCAUGGGUCGAAAUAGUGUUGUGGCGGCCACCGGAGCUGGGCAACAUGGCCUAGCGGUGGCUUGUGCAUGUGCGCGACUCUCCUUGCAGUGUACAAUAUACAUGGGUUCGCUAGACAUGGAAAAACAAUCCUCCAAUGUACUCCUGAUGAAGCUGCUAGGCGCUCAGGUUGAGGGCGUUGAAGGAAGUUUUAAAGAUGCCACGUCUCAAGCAAUCCGAGAUUGGGUUGAGAACCUAGCGACAACCUUCUACUUAUUGGGGACUGUCGUCGGGCCCCACCCAUGUCCAACCAUGGUUCGUGAAUUUCAAGCUGUGAUUGGAAAAGAGACAAGGCAACAGGCAAUGGAGAAAUGGGGUGGUAAACCAGAUGUGCUGGUUGCAUGUGUUGGAAGUGGGUCGAAUGCAAUGGGUCUGUUUCAUGAGUUUGUGGGAGAUGACGAAGUGAGGUUGAUAGGUGUCGAGGCUGGUGGAUUAGGCCUUGAAAGUGGGAAACAUUCUGCAACCUUGGCAAGGGGAGAGGUGGGCGUUUAUCAUGGGGCAAUGAGCUAUUUGCUGCAAGAUGAUGACGGCCAGAUAAUUGGCCCCCACUCCAUUGGAGUAGGCUUAGAGUACCCAGGAGUUGGACCAGAGCUUAGCUUUCUCAAGGACACAGGGCGUGCCGAGUUCUACAGCGUCACUGAUCAACAAGCUGUGGAUGCAUAUAAACGCUUAUGCCGACUAGAGGGUAUAGUUCCAGCAUUAGAGGCGUCCCAUGCAUUGGCAUUUCUAGAGAGGCUCUGCCCUACAUUGCCCAAUGGAACAAGGGUCAUCGUUAGUUGCAGCGGUCGUGGAGACAAGGACGUUCCAACCAUCUUCAAAUUCAAUCAUGUUCCGAAUGAUGAGAUGGACACGUUAUGAAUUGUAGGGUUCUGAUCUGCCGAUAGUCUGCAGAAAUGGGCUCGAUCCAAACCAUUGACCUAGUCGGACCCACCACACAUGGGGAAUUGCAAGAUUAGGGGGAUGUUUUCAGGGGAGGAUGAUGUUUCUAGGAGCUUUUCUAAGCCCACAUGUGUACAAGUCAGUUAAUGCACCAAUGCCAGCUUUGCAAACACGAGAAAUAUCCAAGUCAUCCAUCAGGUUGAGGUGGACCUGACAGUGAAGAUAAAAGAUGGUCCAACAACACAUUAAAUUAGUUGUGACCCACCCCUUUUUUUCUUCUUUAAUUGUGAGCCACCUAAACUACUGGAACAACCUGAUUCUUGGUACAGGAAUCCCUGUAGUGAUACCGAUGAGUUGGACAUUGCACCUGUCUACCAGGCUAGGAUAUAUGGUAACAUGUGCAUCAACUGACACGUACAAGCGUGUAUGCUUAGAAAAGCUCUGUUUUUAGUUUUUAGUAUGUACAAGCUGUGAUUAGUGAAACAUACAUUUACAUGUAAUACUAAAAAGAAUGGGAAAUGAAUUAUUCUAGGCGUA